AUGGAGAGCAACAAAGACGAGGCCCUCAAAUGCCUCACCAUCGCGCAAAACCGGCGAAACACAGGUGACCUCGCUGCGGCGCGCCGCUUCUGCCAGAAGUCUCUUGCGCUGUUCUCAACUUCAGAAGCGGAGCGGCUGCUCGAGCUCAUUGAGUCAGAGGCGGCGUCCGACUCUGCACAGGCAUCAUCUUCCGGCUCCUCGAGCGCCGGCGCAAGCGCGUCCGCAUCUGCGGCAGAGACCCACCCGUCCUCGUCGGGUGCGCGACAGCGCCAUACCGCCUCGACGUCAGGGGGAGGCGAGAAGGCCAAUGGCAAUGCCACGGGCGCCCAGAAGAAGCGGGACUAUACCCCCGAGCAGGCAGCGGUAGUGAAGCGGGUGCGGUCGUGCAAGGUAACGGAGUACUAUGAGAUCUUGUCGGUGAAGAAGGACUGCGAGGAGGCUGAGAUCAAAAAGGCGUAUCGUAAGCUCGCACUGUCAUUACAUCCUGAUAAGAAUGGCGCGCCGGGAGCGGACGAAGCGUUCAAAUUGGUUUCGAAAGCAUUCCAAGUCCUUUCAGAUUCGCAAAAACGGGCUGCCUACGAUCGCCAUGGUUCAGAUCCAGAGUCACGUUUCAGCGGUAUGUCGUCGUCAGCAGGGCGCGGUCCGCCAGGGUUCUCACCCGCCACUUUCGGCGGGGGUGGUGGGUUCGAGGGAGAGCUCAGCCCUGAAGAUCUCUUCAACAUGUUCUUUGGCGGUGGCAUGGGCGGGACCGGGUUUGGUGGUGGUGGUCCUACAUCUCCAGUGUUCUCUGCAUCUUUUGGUCCUGGCGGCUUCCGCACGACCCGUGUACGCACAAAUAUGCAGCAAGAACGGCCACAGAACGCAGAGCCGCGCUCAAUGUUCCUCCAACUCUUGCCCCUCUUCCUCCUCUUUGCAUUCUCCUUCAUCAACGUCCUACCCAGCCUCUUCGCUUCCACGCCAACCCCCGACCCACGAUUCUCAUUCUCACCAUCAGUGCGUUACAAUGUCGAACGCCAGACAGGCAGCCUCGGCGUCAAAUACCAUGUCAACAGCGCUGAAUUCUCCGGACAUCCCAUCGCUGCAGAGCUCGCACGUAACGGGAACAACCCGGGGCCUGAGCUUAGCCGGUUUGAGAAGACAGUUGAGAAGCUCUUCACGCAGGACCUCUACACUCAAUGCCAGCGCGGCAUGGAGCAGAAGGAGCGGUUGCGGGACCAAGAGGUGGGUCUCUUUGGCAUUGGGACCGACUGGGAGAAGGUGAAGCGGAUUGAGGCGCAGCCGGUGGAGAGCUGUGUGCAGUUGAGGAAGAUGGGGCUCAUAAAGUAG